UGCUUUAGAUUUUUAGGGUUUAUUUCUUGGGCUGUAUUGGCAAUUGUGCAAACCGCAAUUCCCUCCCUUCAAACCCUUGAACUCAAUUAUGAUCAAUGCCUUAAUAUGAUUCAAAGGGAGUAUUAGGAUUUAUGUCGUCACUCUGGAACUGACAAAUUUUUCCAGGACUUGGGUGAAUUUACCACAUUUUGCCUUGGAAAGUCAUGUUCUGAUGCCGAUAUUGACGGGUUUAACAACGGGAGUGUGGUGUUAGUUACUUUUGGGCUGUGGAAGGGGCUUUUGAAAUCCUCUAAUUUUGGUGUAUGCUGGCUCUAUAGUGAUUUCAACCUCUGUGUGAAUAUUUUUCCUACAAGCAGCACUUUUGAAUCCUCUGAGGCUCGAGCAUAAAGAACAGUCAUAUAUUGUUUGUGUGAGAUGCCCUCUUGUUCAAAUGCACAGCCAACGAAUGUUGGCUGUGCCAAGGAUCGCAUUAUGUUGCAUUCUACUGAUAGCCAUGAAAGAAUUUUGAAAACUGAGGAGGCACAAGAUGAGGAAGAAGAGGAGGAGGAUGCAGAUUUCAAUCCUUUUGUAAAGGAAACCCCAUCACAAGAAGCAUCUUCAAGUUUGAUCUCUGAGGUUGAUGGUGUGGAUGGUGAUGUUGCUGACAGCAGUUUCCCUGUGAAUAUGAAUUCAUCAAAACUAACCACUAAGGAGUCAAUCUGUGCCAUAGAAGAUCGUGAACAUGGUGAGGAGGAAAUUGCAGUGCAUUCAUCACUUUCUGAGGAUGGAACAUGUGAACAAGAAUUGCAAAAGAAUGCUAUUUUCAGUUCUAAAAAGAGAAAAUCAGCUAUGAAUUCUGAGUCAGAAACUAAUCAAGAGAAGGACAAUGGCUUAAGUAGUAAGACUGAUGAUUAUGCAUUGAAGACAGGAGAAUUAAAUAAUGCAACAAAACCCCAAAAUCUAGUAGUAGAAACAGAUGAUAGUGAUGCCAUCUGUACUCGCACCAGAGCCCGGUAUUCGCUUGCAAGUUUCACUCUUGAUGAACUUGAGACUUUCCUUCAAGAGAGUGAUGAUGAUGAUGACCUUCAAAAUGUUGAUGAUGAAGAAGAAUAUAGGAAAUUUCUCGCAGCUGUGUUACAGGGUGGAGAUGAUGAAGGUCUAUCCCCUCAUGGAAAUGAAAAUGUUGAUGAUGAAGAUGAGGAUAAUGAUGCAGACUUUGAGAUCGAGCUUGAAGAAUUACUAGAGAGUGAUAUUGAAGAAAAUGCAGCUGUGAAGACUCGAAAAGAGUAUGAAGGAGCUGCACGACGACCUGAGACUAGGCAAAAUCGGCGCCAAAAGGUUUCUUCUCAAUGUGAGAAGAAGACUUUAGGACUGGCUAAGAAGCCAUUGCGGCCCAUUUUGCCAAAUAUGUCCAAUGGGACACCUGCUUCAGGGAAAGUUUUGAUGCCUGAUGUUACUUUGAGCUUUCAGUCUUGUGCUUCAGGAAAUGGUCUUGUAAAUGGGUUUACUCCUCAACAGAUUGGUCAGUUACACGUGUUGAUUCAUGAGCAUGUGCAGCUUCUUAUUCAGGUAUUUUCUUUGUCAGUUUUUGAUCCUUCGCGGCAACACAUUGCUUCUCAGGUUCAAGAUUUGCUUUUUGAGUUGCUUAACAAACGCAACAAAGUAGUAUCUUCAAAAAGUGUGCCAUACCCUAGUAUUUGCUUUUAUCCAUCAAAUGUCUUCUCAUCUGUCUCUAAUGGAGGGCAGUACGACACAGAAUCUUCUUGUUCAUAUGAUGCACAGAGAAUGUAUCUUUCCCAAUCAAAUCAGUGUUCUUCCGAAGGAAGAUGUGGAUAUAAUUCAAGCUGGUCAAUUUCUUCUCAAGACAUCGAGGGUUCUCUACCAUCAUCUUUUGUUAGAGGCCCUAUAAUAUCUAUUCUUGAUGUUGCUUCCCUUAAUUUUGUUGGAAGAUUUGUAGAUGAUGUUAAUUAUGCCAUCCAAGAGUGUCGGAACCGUUACUUGAAAUCUGGAUGUGAGAUGCAUGCUGAGAAGGAGCCUCUCUUUCCUUGUUUUUCAUCAUUAUCCAAUGCUCCUAAUGAAGUUUCAAGUGGAAAUACCUCUGCAGCUGGCAAUGUGGUCCCAACUUCACCUGGUCAGCAGCAGCCUAAGAAAACAUUGGCUGCCAUGCUUGUUGAAAGUACAAUGAAGCAAUCAAUUGCUUCAGUACCUAAGGAAAUUGCUAAGUUAACUCAAAGAUUUCUGCCUAUGUUCAAUCCAGUAUUAUUUCCACAUAAGCCACCCCCACCAGCAGUUGUAAACAGGGUACUGUUCACUGAUUCAGAGGAUGAAUUACUGGCCUUAGGGUUAUUAGAAUAUAAUACAGAUUGGAAAGCCAUUCAACAACGUUUUCUACCCUGCAAGUCUAAGCAUCAGAUUUUUGUCAGGCAGAAAAACCGCUGCUCUUCAAAAGCUCCAGAUAAUCCAAUAAAGGCGGUCAGACGAAUGAAAACUUCUCCAUUAACUGCAGAGGAGAUAGCGCGUAUUCAUGAGGGACUUAAGGUUUAUAAAUUUGACUGGAUGUCAGUAUGGCAAUAUCUUGUCCCACAUAGAGAUCCAUCCUUGCUUCCACGUCAGUGGCGUAUUGCUCUUGGGACUCAAAAGUCAUAUAAGCUAGAUGCAGCCAAAAAGGAGAAGCGAAGAUUGUACGAGUCAAAAAGAAGAAAGUUGAAAGCUGCUACUUUGGAGAGUUGGCAAACUGUAUCUGAUAAAGAGGUUUGUGAGGACGAACUUGCUGGCACAGAAAGUUGGAUGGAUGAUUCAGACGUUGCUUAUGUCCAUCAGGCAUUUUUGGCCGAUUGGAGGCCAGAGAGAGCCAUUGCUAUGUGUCCUGAACGCUCUCCUGCAGAAGACACAGAAGUAAACCCUGUCAAUGAUGCUAUGGCACAAGAGGCUUCUCAAAACAACAUUCAACAAAAUCAAAACAGUGCAGGCGGGAAAGCUGGACCCAAGAUUGGUGGUAGGGAUGCAUUUCCUUUUGUAUCUAAGCUUCCACAAUUUCAAAUUUCAUCUGACUUAAGUAGUGGUCUACAUGGUGUUCCUAGUGCCAUCAAACCUAGAAACCCAGUUUUUGAUAUGACAAUGUCUAACUCCAAAUACCACUAUCGGCCAUAUCGUUCUCGGAAAGUAAAUAGCUCCCACUUGGUGAAAUUAGCACCAGACUUGCCCCCAGUAAAUCUCCCUCCAUCUGUUCGUGUAGUUUCUCAGACAGCCUUUAAAGGAUACCAGUGUGGAACAUCUAAGAUUUACCCUUCUGGAGGUGGUGCUACUCAUAGGAAAGAUCAUUCUGCUCCAAUUUCACCUGCUGAAAAAUGCGGAAGUGUUCAUCCAGUUGUGAGUACAAGGCUUACAGCAUAUGAUAAUGCUACUGGUUCUCAACAUGAAAGAUCUGGCACUGUGGGGGUUAGAUCUUUUGCAGAAAAAGGCCCUAGUAGUGAUCUCGAAAUGCAUCCUUUAUUGUUUCAAGCCACUGAAAACAUGGCUUAUUAUCCAUUGAAAUUUAAUUCAGGCACUUCUAGCUCCUUUAGUUUCUUUUCAGGAACUCAACCACAAUUAAAUCUAAGUCUCUUCCAUCGGCCUCACCAGCAAAACCAUGAUGAUGGUUCUAAUAAAUCUUCAAAAUCAAAAGGUUGUACUUCAAGGUCCAAUGGCUUUGAUUUCCAUCCGCUUCUGCAGAAAUCAAAUGAUUCGCAAUUGCAAACAAGUUUUGAUACCGUUCAGACUGAGUCACUGGCUCCGAGUGGUAUGCCAGCUACAAAUACAAAUACAUCUUCUAGUAUAAAUGGAAAGUCCAAUGAGCUUGACUUGGAUAUUCACCUAAGUCAUGCAUCUGGAAAGGAUAAAUCUAUUGAAAUCAGACCCUUGGAAGCAAAUGACCCACUGGGAUGCACAAUAAAUGCAACAAAUUGUGGAACUGCAGCAAAACCUUUAGAGACUGGUGUUCCCUCAAGUCAGGAGGGUGAAAAAAGCCCUACAGUUAGCAGUAGCAAGCUCGUUUCAUGGGCUCAUCCCCAGCUGUUGGUUUCUCCCAGUGAUAAUAUCAGCAGAUGUGACAUUGAUGAUCUUGGUGAUAAUUCUCAUCCUGAGAUUGUGAUGGAACAGGAAGAAUUAAGUGACUCUGAGGAAGAUAUAGAAGAACACGUGGAGUUUGAGUGUGAGGAGAUGGCUGACUCUGAAGGAGAAAAUAGUUCUGGCUGCGAACAACUUAUUGAGGCACAUGAUAAGGAAAUCCUAUAUUCUGCAGUAGAGAAAGUUACAGAGAGUUCUUUUAUGGAAAGCUCAUCUGAACCCCCGUCCAAUUGCAACACUCAAGCCGAUGAUAGCCCUGUCAGAGAUGAUAUACGUGCAUCAAAAAUGGCUCUGUCUAGUGAAGAAAAGGGGGACAAAAGUAGUACUGCAUGGUUGAGCUUGGACUCGUGUUCAGCAGAUAAUGCCGUGGCCUCAACGACCAUGCAUGAAGUGGGCAGAAUCGGUGGAACCAUGCAAGAAGAAGUGGGUACAGCCCGUAAAGCUCCAAGUUCUCAAAACGUUGAGUUGUCUCGCACUAGGAGAUUUUGCAAGUCAAAAUCUUGCAACAAAGCAGUUGCCGAGGACGGACAUGCUAUUGACAUGGUACAGCAGCUGAACCUGGGACCUGUUGCCUUUGCCACACCAAAAAAACCCAGGAAGCAUUCCGGUAAAUCAAGAUCAAGCUUGAAUGUAGGAUUAACCGUUGAAAGUUCCAGCCAUGGUGAUAAUCAUAGAUCGAAUGAUGCACCAUGAUGACUAACAUAGGUUCUUUCGAUUUGUCCAUAUUGAUAAUUUAGGAAUUAAUUAUCAUUUGUAGUUGUGACGAUUGCAAGUCAUCAGAGCUCAAGUUCUGCUUGCGAAUGAAUGAAAAUGGUGCUUCGUACUUUCUUUUUUUUGGCACUCCCCAGUCCCCGAAUAGACACUCGGCAAUAUUCCUUCUCUUUGUAAAUAUGAAUUGAGAAACCGGGGAUGUUUAACUUGGGCUUUGCUCAUGUUGACCGAUCAUGUACAGAAAUUUGUUUUAUAGUAACCCCUUGUUUGUGGGUAAA